GAAAGUCAUUGUGAAUUGCCUCAGGAAAGCCAUUCACUGAUUCAGGGAUCAACAAAGCCCAUGCAAAUGUUACAGCUUGGUGGAUGUCCUAUUGGCAUCUCAGUCUUGAAAGCAUUUGGUACCAGUGACAUACCAGUGCAAUAUGGUUGA